AACCCUCGUGGAUCGCGUAGCUUCGCGCUUCCGCAACCGAGUCCGCGAACUGUCACUCACCCUCUCCUCCCCCUUUCCUCCCCUCCCCCCGGUCUUUCCUGGUGGCGGGAAAGAGAAGAAAAAAAAAAAAAAAAAAAAAAAAAAUUUCGCGCGCGAAAUAUUAAUACUCCCUUCGCGGGUGUAUGUGUUUCCGCCGCGAUGGGGAAGAGUAGUUUGCCGAGCGAUUGCACUUUCAGAUGCUGCAGCCUCGCGUGCCGUGAGUUCUUGUUGUGAGUGCAGUUUUGACUAAGCGAUGACGAGGUCAACCACCACCGAGGGAGUCGUCCUGGCGGAUACCUACGAUUCGCUGGUCCUCUGGGACUUCGUCUUCGCGAACUCGAGCAACAUCAGCGAGUUCGAGCCGGAAACGACGACGAACACGACUGAUCCCGCCGCGGGCCGGGAAAGUAACGAGGAUGGACUCAACAAUUGGUGGGCGAUGCUGGCCCUGGUUCUGGUGCUUGGCACGGCGGCGGGAAACAUUCUGGUGUGCCUGGCGAUCGCCUGGGAGCGACGCCUGCAGAACGUAACUAAUUACUUCCUGAUGAGUCUGGCCAUCACGGAUCUCAUGGUCGCGGUUCUGGUGAUGCCGCUGGGCAUCCUCACCCUCGUUCGAGGAUACUUUCCGCUGCCGUCGGUCUAUUGCCUCGCCUGGAUCUGCCUCGACGUCCUGUUCUGCACCGCGAGUAUAAUGCACUUGUGCACCAUAAGCGUGGACCGUUACCUAAGUCUUCGUUACCCGAUGAAGUUUGGCCGCAACAAGACCAAGAAGCGAGUUACUCUGAAGAUCAGUUUCGUGUGGAUCCUCAGCAUCGCGAUUAGUCUGCCCUUGAGCCUUAUGUACUCCAAGGAGGACGAUUCGGUGUUGGUGGAUGGUGCCUGUCAGAUUCCCGAUCCCCUUUACAAAUUAAUCGGCAGCAUAAUCUGCUUCUACAUCCCACUGGGCGUGAUGCUGUUGACGUACGCAUUGACGGUGAGAUUGCUAGCGGAGCAACAGCAGAACAUCGGUGGGAAAGGAGCAGGUUGGUCAUCAGGAUGGUUGGGUGCGCCUCAGGGUGCGCCUCAGGGUGCACCUUCCGCGACAGGACUCGAUCGACGGAACACUUGGAAGAGGUACCUCCUGAACAAAAGCUCGGGCGGAAGCGGCGGCACGCCGCAGCACACUUCCGGCACGUCGACCGACACCGAACUGACCACUCUCGACACCCACGAGCUCUGGCUGCCGGAAAGCGAGCCGCCACCCUCGGCCAUGUCCGCCUUGCACGCCUUCGGCGCGGAGAUGCUGAAGCUGUCGAGAGGUCUCGAGGGUAUGGCCGGCAGCCCCGGUAAUCAAACCCCGUCAAAAUCGACUCUCCAGCAUCAGCAACAGGUGCAGCUGCAGCACCAACCGCAGCUGCAGCAACAGGUGCAGCUGCAGCAACAGCACCAGCUGCAGCUGCAGCAACACGGUCCCUCGCCGCGCAGAUGCAGCUUCCGCAACGGGAGCGCGGAAAGUACCGAGAGCAGCAUGUCCUGUUCCAGGACAAGCCUGUCGCAGGAGGAGUCCUUCGCGAGUCCUUGGAAGCAGCGGAGACGAGCCUCGACCUACAACGAGGCCCACCUGCAGAGAACAAGCCAGACUCUGGGCUCGCCGAAGGCCCCUAGAAAGAGGUCCUUCAGCUUCCACGAGCAGUCGUCCUGCCGCAGGAACGAGGACGACUCGGCGACGCGCAAAAAGUGCCAGAACAAAAUGCCGGACGGACCCAUAACUCUUCCGCCGCCGUGCACGUGUCCCUACUUCGGGGAAUCCUCGAAGAAGCCACCACCUUCGAGCGAGAUCGUCAUCGUCUCCAGCGACACGAUGAAGCCAAUCGGAAAUAAAAGCCUGGAGGUGGGAGGUCUGAUGAGCGACGCCGCGAUCAGGCCCAACAAGAGCCCGGAAUUGGGUCUGCUAGGGAGGAACAAUAGUGCCAGAACUGCUACGGAGGGCGUGAAGAAUUACGAGCAACUGACCCUCGCGAAUUCCGUGGUCACGUGGCGAGGUGGAAGGCGAGGCUCCAGCCUGGGCAGCACCAAGACUCUACUAACCACCCCCAUGAGGGCGACGCCUCUGCGACGCGCGGCGACAAUGCGGGCGCACAACGGGGCGACGACGAGCCUAUCCCUGAAGCAGAACAAUCCGUCAUCGCCGAAUCUAUUGAGGUACACGGGUGGCCAGGUUCGUAGCCACCACUCACGCAACAGCAGCGUGGUGUCGCGCAACAGUUCCCGCCACGGAAGGAUCAUCCGGCUCGAGCAGAAGGCGACCAAGGUGCUGGGUGUGGUAUUCUUCACGUUCGUGAUCUUGUGGGCACCGUUCUUCGUCCUGAACUUGGUGCCCGCGGUGUGUCCCGACUGCGAGCGCCGGAUCGACCGUAAGAUCUUCGACCUGGUCACCUGGCUCGGCUACGCCAGCUCCAUGGUCAAUCCGAUCUUCUACACCAUCUUCAACAAGGUCUUCCGCCAGGCCUUCAAGAAGGUCCUGCUGUGCAGGUAUCGCAAUCAGGCGUGGCGACCGGCCAGGUAGGCCCUGGGCCCGGGAAACCGGGGAUUUCCGUCAGCAGGGUAUAAAAGGAAUCGAUGAAAUCGAUGCGAAUCGUUCGAAAGCGAGACGAAGAUAAACUCCGAAAGGGUGUUGAUUCUACUCGCGCGAUUGGUUCGUUCUGGAACGAGUGAUUUCAAACGAGUCCGAAUUAGUUCAAACGAGUACGAACAAGUUGGAACAAGUCUGAAUGAGUUCAAACGAGUCCGAAUGAGUUCGAAUGAAUCCGAAUGAGUUCGAAUGAAUCCGAGCUAGUUUGAAUAAGUUCGAACGAGUUCGAACGAGUCCGAAUAGCUUCGAACCAGAUCGUCGGACACAUGUCGCCGAUAUCGUUGAGAAAUUCACAGGUCUCUAUCGCGAAUCUUCCUAUUAGCGACUCCUGUUAACGUUUCGUAUUCGAUAAUUUUUCGACGAGCUAAGAAUAUUUUUUAAAUCUUCCUAGCGGCUCCUAUCUCAUAUCGAUUACAUAUCAAUAUGCAAUAAUGUGUAAUAUAAUGAUGCCUAUUUUAAUAGUUACAUAUUUAAAAAUAAUUCAUAACUUAAAGCAUAUCUUAUAUUACGAAAAUUUAGUUCUUAUUUUUAUUUGAAUUAGUUUAUAUUUUUGAUAGUACAAAUUAUAU